CAGUUCGAGUGCAAAAAAUGUUAAUGGAGGAACGGGGUUUCCUUCGCUCUCCGCAAGUGCAAAAUAUUUUCUAGAAUUUUAUCGCCUUAUCACCAAAAUUCCAAGCCGAAUUUCAUCUAUGAUGAUUCAUUGUAUUCAGUAGCGGGUUUGAAAAGUAAAGUGCAGUACAAAGUCGGUGGUAAACGAUCGAAAACCGUUGGUAAAAGUAGGUGGUUGAGGUGGUGAUAGCAACAGCAGCAACAACAAUAGGAAUCGGAAUAAAAAAAAAAAACAGUUCCAGCUUCUUCCCCGAGCAGAAACACAGGAUGAGUACGACAGGUGUUCUGCCUUUUGUGCGGGGAAUCGAUUUUACCUACAAUGACUUCAGCGAUGGAAGGUUUCCGAAGAACAUCAAACACAUGUCCGGUGUACAGUGGCUCAAGCUGGAUCGGACCGGAAUCGACGAGAUUCCGGAAGAAAUGGGAAAGCUGAUGAAACUGGAACAUCUCUCUAUGAAGAACAAUCAGCUGGAGAAGCUAUAUGGGGAAUUGACUGAGUUGAAUUGCUUGCGAUCGCUGAACAUGCGGAAUAACAACAUUAAAAGCUCCGGGAUUCCGAACGAGCUGUUCGACUUGGAAGAUUUGACGACACUGGACUUAUCGCACAAUAAGCUAAAAGAAGUCCCGGAGGGACUGGAGAAAGCUAAAAGUCUGCUGGUGUUGAAUUUGAGCAACAAUCAGAUUGAAAGCAUUCCACCAACGCUGUUCAUCAAUCUAACAGAUCUUCUAUUCCUGGACCUUUCCGACAACAAACUGGAAACGCUUCCUCCUCAGACUCGUCGUCUUUCGAACCUUCAAACGCUGAUCCUGAACGACAAUCCCCUGGAGCUGUUUCAGCUUCGUCAGUUGCCUUCACUACAGAACCUAGUCUGCCUGCAAAUGCGCAAUACUCAACGCACUCUAACAAAUUUUCCCACAUCGUUGGACAGUUUGUUCAAUCUUCAGGAGCUGGAUCUCUCACAGAACGCACUCUCCAAAAUCCCGGACGCACUCUACAACUUGUCCAAUCUUAAGCGACUCAAUCUGAACGAUAACGUUAUCCAGGAAAUUUCUUCCUUGAUCGAAAACCUUUCCAAAUUGGAAACCCUAAAUCUAUCGCGCAAUCAAUUGGUCCUUUUGCCGGCAACUCUCUGCAAGCUCCAGUUCCUUCGACGGUUGUACGUGAAUGAUAACCUGUUGAAUUUCGAAGGCAUCCCAUCGAGCAUUGGGAAACUAGGUGCACUGGAAGUAUUUUCCGCUUCCAACAACCAACUGGAGAUGGUCCCCGAGGGUCUCUGCCGAUGUGGUUCGCUCAAGAAACUAAACCUUAGUUCGAACAAACUGAUUACCCUGCCGGAAUCGAUUCAUCUCCUGACGGACAUGGAACAGCUGGAUUUGAGAAAUAACCCGGAUCUUGUAAUGCCACCGAAACCCGUGGAAGUCCAACGCGGAGAUGGUCUGGCAUUCUAUAAUAUUGAUUUCUCCCUGCAAACUCAGCUGAGGCUAGCGGGAGCGAACGUCCCAGCACAGGCCCAGGUGGCAAACAGUAGCAAGGAUCCAAUCGCGAGAAAGCUGCGAUUGAGAAGGGGAGCGAGAACCGAUUCUACCGAGCAGGAUUCAGCCAAGAUUCUGAAAGGCAUGCAGGACAUUGCCAAGGAGAAGAACUCCCUCGGCUUCGAGGAUGAGAAGGCGGCAAAUUUGAAACCGAAGCGAUGGGACGAGACCCUGGAGAAACCUCCGGUAGAUUACUCCGAGAUCUUCGAAGAGGAAGAUGGCCAGUGUGUGGGUCUGACCAUUUGGGAAAUUGAGAACUUUUUGCCUAACAAGAUUGAAGAAGUCGCGCAUGGUAAGUUCUACGAAGGUGAUUGUUACAUUGUACUGAAAACGACUCACGACGAUGCUGGGCAAUUAAGUUGGGAGAUAUUCUUUUGGAUUGGCACAAAAGCGACGCUAGAUAAGAGGGCUUGCGCAGCAAUUCACGCCGUGAACUUGAGGAACUAUCUCGGCGCGAGGUGUCGAACGAUUCGUGAGGAGCAGGCCGACGAAUCGGAUGAAUUCUUGGCAUUGUUCGACACCGAGGUGACGUACAUCGAAGGAGGUCGAACACCGACAGGAUUCUAUACGAUCGAAAACUUAGUCUACAUCGUGCGAUUGUAUAGGGUCCACGAUGCCGGUUCAAACAUCCACCUGGAACCCGUCGAGGUCACUUAUGAAUCAUUGGAUCCUGGUUAUGUCUUCCUUCUGGACACCGGUCUACAGCUCUUCAUGUGGUACGGUUCCAAAUCGAAGAACACGCUCAAGUCCAAAGCUCGCUUGAUUGCCGAGAAGAUAAACAAGAACGAACGCAAAAGCAAGGCUGAAAUCUUCCAAGAAUAUCAAGGUAGCGAGGGUGUUGAUUUCUGGAAAGCUCUCGGCUUCUCCGACGGUCAAGGCCCGGGUGAUAAACCAUCACCCCACGUCGAUCCAGACUUUGUGCCCAUUCCGCCUCGACUGUAUCAAAUUCAGCUCGGCAUGGGCUACCUUGAACUGCCUCAAGUGGAAUUGCCCAGCAAAACCCUGCAUCACACGAUCCUGAACAGCAAGAACGUGUACAUCUUGGACUGCUAUCUGGAUCUUUUCGUUUGGUUCGGUAAAAAAUCCACCCGCUUGGUUCGGGCAGCGGUAAUUAAGCUCUCGCAGGAGCUAUUCAACAUGAUUGAAAGGCCCGAAUAUGCUCUCAUCACCCGAGUCCAGGAGGGAACCGAAACCCAAGUGUUCCGUUCGAAAUUCACUGGAUGGGAGGAGAUCAUCGCUGUGGACUUCACGCGUACAGCGCAAUCCGUUGCCCGGACGGGAGCCGACCUUACCGGGUGGGCGAAGAAGCAGGAAACGAAGGCGGAUCUGGCAGCUCUAUUCAUGCCCAGACAGCCGUCGAUGACGUUGAUCGAAGCACAACAGCUGGCAGAUGACUGGAACUACGAUCUGGAUGUGAUGGAAUCGUUCGUUUUGGAGGGCAAGAAGUUUGUUCGUCUACCGGAGGAAGAACUUGGAAUCUUCCACACCGGAGAGUGCUAUGUAUUCCUCUGUCGGUACUGCCUUCCCGUGGACGAUGACGAAGACGAAGAGGAAGUUGACACUGUGGACCAGCCCGGGAAUGGAAAAUUGAGAAAAAUGAAACUGCCUCAGGCGGAGGAAAUCCAGUGCGUGGUUUACUUCUGGCAAGGUCGCGAAGCCGGCAACAUGGGCUGGCUGACGUUUACAUUCACGCUGCAGAAAAAGUUUAAAUCCAUGUUCGGCGAAGAACUGGAGGUGGUCAGGAUACACCAGCAGCAGGAAAACCUCAAGUUCAUGUCUCACUUCAAGGGAAAGUUUGUCAUCAAGAACGGGCGCCGGAAGGAGAAACAGAAAACGCCGGAGGGAAAACUGCCGGUCGAGUUCUACCAUCUGCGCUCGAACGGCAGUGCUCUCUGUACGCGGUUGAUCCAGGUCAAGACGGAUGCGACGCUGCUGAAUUCGGCUUUCUGCUAUAUUCUAUUUGUACCGUUCGAAACGGAUGACGAUUCCGAAUCGGGCAUUGUGUACGUCUGGAUCGGGUCCAAAACGACGUCAGAAGAGUCCCGGCUUAUUCAGGAAAUUGCCGAAGAUAUGUUCAACAACCCGUGGGUUAGCUUGCAGAUUCUCCACGAAGGCGAAGAACCGGAGAACUUCUUCUGGGUAGCACUGUGUGGUCGUAAACCGUACGACACCGAUGCCGAGUACAUGAACUUCACCAGACUAUUCCGUUGUUCGAAUGAGAAGGGCUACUUCACCGUGGCGGAGAAGUGUUCCGACUUUUGCCAGGACGAUCUGGCCGAUGAUGACAUCAUGAUCCUGGACAAUGGCGAGCAGGUGUUCCUGUGGCUGGGCUCCCGUUGCAGCGAGGUGGAAAUCAAGCUGGCCUACAAAUCCGCACAGGUCUACAUCCAACACAUGCGCAUCAAACAACCGGAACAACCGAGAAAGCUGUUCCUCACGCUUAAGAACAAGGAAUCGAAACGGUUCACCAAGUGCUUCCACGGAUGGAGCGCGCACAAACGACCCCCGGAGUAAUCAUCUGAAUGUUCGCAA